AUCGAUUUAUACGCGGCACGUUCAAGAAUAGUUUACUAAUGGUUAUUACGAGGAAUUCGAUCUUUUUGUUAUGUUUCUUUCGCGUGUUUUUCUGUGCUGAACCGGUGGUUGACUCGGAUGGUGUGCCAUAUUUAGCUGAAGUGAAAGAGGAGGAAGUCUUUCCCAGCGAUGUAGAGAAUGAAAUACUGAACGCUACGUUGUUUAGAACGAUUAAAAAGUACUACUGUAGCGUGGAAACGGAAGAAGAGCAAGAGCUCCUCGUGUACGGCACGAAGGCUUGGACGUUUCCUUCUCAGGACGUGAACCUCCAGUUCCGCUACCCUCCGGAAGAACAAACCGACCCGCAAGGAGACGAAGAUAGCACAGUCUAUAUGCUGACACAACUCAAGCUAAUUUUCAAUCUGUCGGGACCUGAUGGUAGAGGUUACAUCACUAGCGGGGGCAUGCUACAGGAGCACAUAGGCAUGUCGUUCGUUUUCCGGAACAUCACCAGCCUCGCAUACCAGUUCUACUUGCACGGCAUCCCGAGGAAGACCAAUUUCACCGAGAAUUACGCAGUCACCCUUAACUUGUGCUAAAACUUUAAUAAAUGGUACGA